AUGACCAAGCGGCUGGGUGAGAUGUCUGGAAAGAAUAACUCCAGGGAUUGGUGGAGAAUGAUGAAGGAUGGUCCAGCCAUUGAACAAAUGUUGAUCCCCACCAAGUACACAGACUUGGAUGACGGCGUUGACAAAUACAAAAUGGAGAGCUGGCCCGUCAUGGACCCGCAUUCAAUCGCGCACUUCUUAUUUGAGUUUGCUGGACUCAAGAUUCCAACAGGAAGCUUGAGGGAGUAUUGGGAGUUCAAUAGUGAGCAUGGUGAGCAUUGGGCACAAGGCGUGCCUUCUGAUACAGUGCCCCUUGGAGUGUAUGGCGAUGGGGCGCGUGUGAACACCAAGUUCGGAUCCAUCAACCUGAUUGGAAUAUAUUUCAACAUACCGCUGUGGAAACCCCAAUCCGUUCGCGCAAGCAGAUUCUUGGUGGCAGUUCUGCCCGAGGAAAAGUGUUGGCGCCAUCAUACCUUGAAUACAAUAUUACGUCGGGUGACUUGGAGCUUGAACAGCUUGAUGGAUGGAUUCCAUCCUCGCAAUGAGCCUUUUGGUGAAGAUCUGCCCAAGCAUUUGGCCCAACUAGCUGGAAAACAGUUCAAGUACAAAUGCAUGCUGACAGAAAUCAGGGGAGACUGGCAGUGGCACAAACGCACCUUUCGUUUUUGGCAGUGCUCCUGGAAUGGCAAGAAGGUUUGCUACUGGUGCAGGGCUUUGUCGCAAUCAAAUGACCCAAGUGACCUGUACUGGUCGUUUGAAAACAACAACUGGGAUGCCAGUCAUUUCACAAAGGGAGAGUUCUUAGAAGAACGGAUGCCACCUGCUGGUAUUUGUCCUUAUAUUGGGCUUCGAAAUUUCCACCCAAGCCUAAUACGCUGGUGCCUAAUGCAUGUGGUGCACUUGGGUAUUCUUUUUGUUUGCAAUGGAUCAGGCCUGAAUCUCCUCCUUCGAUGUGGCUACUUUGGCAGCGAUGGGGUUUCGGUGGCGAUCAAGCUAGCUAGGGCCUUCGAAAUGUUCAAAGCUUGGACAUCAGCGAACAAGAUUGAGUGUAGCCAGCCACCAUUCACGGAGAGAAUGAUCUUCAAGAAGAACUCUGACAUUCUCUUUACAGCCAAAGCCUAUAAUGGCCGUGUGGUGUUGCAUUGGUUAUCUCAUGAAGUGUAUGUGGCAAGCACUUCGCCUGGCUUCGUAGCAUGUGAUCAUCGAUUCCCUGUCAUUGCUGCUGCAUUGCUGCGCAUGACCAGAUUCCUGAGCGGGCUUGAGCAAGCGGGCCGUUAUCUGAGACUUGGCAAUUUGUGUGUGUGUGGGGGGCUGGGAUCGUAUGCAGCUACGAUACUUAGCAUUGUUGUAUAUUGUUGUCAUGAAAUGGUCCAUCAAUGUCAAAGACCAAAAGGAUUGGAGUUUAUCAGAUUUGACCCUGAAGUGUUAUAUACGUACAGUAUCAUGCAUAGUCAUGAUCGAAAACCCUUAGGACUGACGAAGAAUCUCGGACCAUUUUUGAUGAUGGCUGCCAGUUCCUGA